AUGAAGGCUAAAUAUCGAUUUGAACGAAAGACAGCAAAAAAUUCUUUAGGCAAAGUAAAAAUAGAAAGCAACGAUCCACUUACAGUCGUUGGCCAAAACACAAAGUUCACCAAUGACCUUCAUGUGGGUGAUAUUUUAGUUAUUAGUAAUGAAAAUUUUCAAAUUAUGAAAGUUGUUAACGAUUGUGAAUUGAAGAUAAACAAUCAACAGCAACUUAGUUUUGAAGAAUGGCAACAAUUUAACAUUGAGCCAAGGACAAAAGUAAAUGGAUUGUUUGAUGUAUAUUCUAUGGUUUUUACAAAAUAUGCAAUCACAAAUCCAUUUAGUAAAAAGGAUGAACCAUUAAAAUUAACAAUAAUCAUAGAACUAAGCAAUAAACUGAACAUAGAUAAUUAUAAGACCAAGUUUAAAGCAUAUUUUCGUAAAUUAUUUCAAAAAUAUAAGAAAGAAACAAAAAAACCUAUGAGCCAUCUUGAAAAAUUUAGUGUAAAUUGUAUUCUUUUUGAAAGCUUUGACAACCUUGCAAGCGAAUUUACAGAACAUAAGCUUGGAAACUGGAUUAUUGAUUUUUUUUGUCUUAUUCCUAUCCAAAUUGCUGUUGCGCACGACAAUGAAUUUAUACCAAUUCGAGACGGAUUCUUAGAAAAAACUGAACAAAAUGUGUUUGAUGAUGGGUUUGGAUUAAUUGGGAAUAUGUCAAAAGCCAUUUCAUUUGGAUGGUAUGAGUCUAUAUUUGAACAUUAUGCUGAUCUGGAAGUAAAAAUACUCUCAUCUAUGGGAGAGCAAUCUUGCG